GCCGUUUCAAUCACCAGCAAUCCAAAACUCAGUCUCGCACACACACUCAGUCAGGGGGAAGGCUCCUCAAUCCUCUCAAUCUCAUCGAGCUCACCUCCGUCCAGCCACCGUCUCGUGCCGCCGCCGUCUUCGUUCCUUCGAACAGCCACCGCCUCGUGCUCGCUCACUUCCCCUCCAUCGCGCAGCAGCCAGUUUUCAGAACCUUGGCCCUCACUCACUCACCCCCUUCCCCCAACACCCCCUGUUCGUGAAUCACUAUCUUUGAACUCAAGCAAAGUUCAAAAUCACCCAACCAAAACCCUAGGUUCUCCCUGCAAUGGUUCUGAGACAGUGCCGCCGCCGUCCGUGCUGUCGGCGCCUCCGCGUCCUCUCUUGUAGCCCAGGCCCUCUCUUGUAGCUCGGCGUCCUCCUUCCCCCUGUCCCCGUCCUCCCUGGCUUCUCUGUUCGAGGUUGGAGUAGCUUGGCGCCGUCUCGCCGGUCGCCGUUCAUGUCUCCAUCGAAGUAUUAAUUUUGUGCUGCUAUUAAUUUUCUGGCUGUGCUGCUGCUGCUGUGGGUUCUGGGUUCUGGUGUGCUGUGGUGUGUUUUGUGGCUCUGCUGUGUUGAUCAUCUUUCUCAAUUGUGGAUGUUCACUCCCCACUCUUCACUUGCUUUGUGUUGAUCAUCUUUCUCAAUUCUCUCACUCGCAUGAACAAGAAAACUAACUCUUUUUCUGCCCUCUGGUACCACUUCAUCUUUCCUUCUAUUUCUGCACUCCUUCAUUGUAUAGUAAGUCAACUCUUUGGAUUGUUGGCAUAAUUGAAUUGGAGAUUCAAGAGACACAGUUAAUUUCUUAAUACUGAAAAUUCACCCUUAGUUUUGAUCUAAUUGUUUUGUUUAGUAGGAACUAAUAGAAUCACUUCAUGGCUUUAUCAUUGUUGUUUUCCAAUUUAUACUAGUUUCUUGUAAGAGAAUUAAAGCUAGCUAGUCUUGCCUUCCAUUUUGCACAAAUAGGAAUAUGUAAAUAGGGCCAUUUUAUCAAAACUAUAGUCACAAUUAGCAAGUUUAAUUUAAUAGUAUGUGAUGUAGAUAUGCCUAUGGUACAGAUAUUUGAAUAGAAACGAAGUAUUUGUACAUUAUAGCUUGCAUAUGUUGCGGAAUAGGAUAAUAACAAUUAAGAGUAUCGAGUAUUGAUAUACUUGUUAUCUCUCUUUGAAAUGUUACUUUCUGUAUUUACUGUUUUUAAUUUAGCUUUGCAUUCUCUCAGGACUUCUUGGAACAGCGAUUAUAGUGUUGUUUAUUGGGUUUCUUUCAAUAUAUCAUGGUUGAUUUCAGAAUCUAAAUUCUAAAUUCCUCCAACUUCUUCGCGACUUCACCAAUAGAGCCUCCAUCUUCAUGCGGGUGCUGAAUUCAACACUCUCACUUUGUGUUGAUGGGGAUCACAAAACCUCCCUGCACUACUUCUUAUGCUUCCCAUUCCGAUUUAUACGCCGAUGUUCUCCAAUCCGCUAUCAAAUCCAGAGACCCUUUUGUCAGAAGAUCCGUUCAUGCUCGAAUCAUCAAACACGGCCUUCACUUGGGUGUCUUCUUGAUGAACAAUCUCCUCAAUUUCUAUGCUAAAACUGGUUCCUUCUCUGAUGUUCACCGCGUGUUCGCUAAAAUGCUGCUGAAGACCAUUUUCUCCUAGAACACCAUUCUGUCAGCAUAUGCCAAAAGGGGGAACUUCGAAGCUGCACAGCGAGUGUUUGAUGAAAUUCCUGAACCCGAUUCUGUUUCCUGGACUUCAAUGAUAGUGGGGUAUAACAUGUUGGGUCAUUUUGAUAAUGCCAUUCAUAUGUUUCUCAGGAUGAUUUCAUGUGGAGUGUCGCCAACCCAGUUCACAUUUACCAAUGUUCUUGCUUCAUGUGCUGCAACUGAAGCACUGGAUAUUGGUAGAAAGGUUCACUCCUUCAUUGUAAAACUUGGAUUAUCCAGUGUUGUUCCUGUGGCCAAUUCACUUCUUAACAUGUAUGCAAAGUCAGGUGAUUCAGUAAUGGCGAAGGUUGUGUUUGACCGGAUGAGGUUAAAAGACAAAUCAACUUGGAAUACUAUGAUUUCGAUGCAUAUGCAUUUUGGUCAACUUGACCUUGGACUUGCCCUUUUUCAGGAAAUGAUGGAUCCAGACAUUGUCUCUUGGAAUUCGAUCAUUACAGGAUAUACUCAUCAAGGACAUGAUGUCAAAGCCCUUGAAAUUUUUUCGCUUAUGCUUAACAGUUCAUCUUCAAAGCCAGAUAAGUACACCUUGGAAAGUGUUCUGUCAGCUUGUGCCAAUCUUGAAAAUUUGAAACUUGGGAAACAAAUCCAUGCGUACAUGGUAAGAGCUAAUAUAGACAUAUCUGGAGCCGUGAGAAAUGCUCUGAUCUUAAUGUAUGCAAAGGCUGGUGGCAUUGAAAUUGCUCAUAGGAUUGUAGAUAUUACAGGUAUCUCAAAACUUGAUGUUAUAUCAUUCACAUCACUACUAGAUGGCUUUGUCAAAAUUGGGGAUAUAAACCCGGCAAGAGAUAUAUUUGACUCACUAGAAUUUCGAGAUGUAGUUGCAUGGACAACCAUGAUUGUAGGUUAUGUACAGAAUGGUUUACUUAGCGAUGCUUUGGAUCUCUUCAGGAAAAUGGUUAGAGAAGGUCCAAAGCCAAACAGCUAUACUUUAGCAGCGGUUUUAAGUGUGUUUUCAAGCUUGGCUUCUCUUGGUCACGGUAAGCAGCUUCAUGCAACUGCCAUAAGAUUGCAAGAAGCAUCAUCAAUUUCUGUUGGUAAUGCUUUAAUUACUAUGUAUUCAAGAUCAGGAAGCAUCAGAGAUGCAAGGAAAGUAUUCAAACAGAUAUGCUCUAACAAGAAUAAAUUGACUUGGACUUGCAUGAUUAUAGCUCUAGCUCAACAUGGUUUUGGAAAAGAUGCCGUAGAACUGUUCGACACUAUGCUAAAACUUGACAUAGAGCCUGACCAAAUUACUUAUGUUGGUGUCUUGUCUGCUUGUUCGCACGUGGGAUUGGUACAACAGGGUAAGAGUAAUAGUUUAAUGAAAAAUAUUCAUCACAUUGAACCUACCUCUAGCCAUUAUGCUUGCAUGAUUGACCUGUUUGGGCGUGCUGGAUUGCUUGAAGAAGCAUAUCAUUUUAUAAAAAACAUGCCUGUUGAACCAGAUGUUAUAGCUUGGGGUUCACUUUUGGCUUCUUGCAGGGUUCAUAAAAAUGUGGAUUUAGCUAAAGUGGCAGCGAAAAAUUUGCUUCUUCUUGAUCCCAACAAUAGUGGGGCUUACUCAGCACUUGCUAAUAUGCUUUCAGCUUGUGGAAGAUGGAAAGAUGCUGCUAUGAUUAGGAAAUCCAUGAAGGACAGAGCAAUAAAGAAGGAACAAGGAAUCAGCUGGGUUCAAAUCCAGAACAAGGUCCAUAUUUUUGGGGUUGAAGAUGGGCUUCAUCCACAAAGAGAUGCAAUAUAUAGAAUGAUUUCAAAAAUAUGGAUGGAGAUAAAGAAAAUGGGCUUUAUUCCAGACACUGAUUCUGUCUUGCAUGAUCUAGACCAGGAAGUGAAGGAACAAAUCCUUAGACACCAUAGCGAAAAACUCGCUAUUGCAUUUGCUUUGUUAAAUACUCCAGGAUAUGCCACACUGAGGAUCAUGAAGAACCUUAGAGUCUGCAAUGACUGUCAUUCCGCUAUAAAAUAUAUCUCUAAGCUUGUCGGUAGAGAAAUUAUUGUAAGAGACUCCACACGUUUUCAUCAUUUCAAUGAUGGUUCAUGUUCAUGUCAGGAUUACUGGUAGAAGAAACAGUGGAAUUUCAUGAAGAAUCUGACUAGAACUGGGGAGUAAUUUACAAAUAUAUUAAACUGAAAAUAUAAAAAUGUACACAGGAGCUUAAAAUCAUUCACUUUUUUAGAUGAGUUUGCCUGAGGUCUGACUUCAAGUGGACGCGUGCUAGAAUGCUUCUUGAGUCAAUCAAAUGCUUGUGUUCUUGUUCAUGCAUGUCAAGAUAUCUUGCAGUUGAGGUCUAAUCUUACCAAAUUGGAGGCGGCACAUUUUCUAUAACCCUGGAUUUGAAUCAAUCAGUUCAGAUAAUUCGGUGGUCUCUCUUUACCUGGUCUGCUUUGGUUCAUAGUAUCCACACCUAUUUUAAUUGACUUUCAUUUUUUAUUUUUUUGGGGUAUAUUGAUGACAGUUAAUCAUUGUAUUACUCAUAGUGGCUUAAGGGAAAUGUAUCCUAUAGGAAUGUAGUUUGUAGCAAGAUUAAGAACAUUAAGACGAGCAUAAAUAUGUAGGUGUGAUGCUUUCUCGAGAGUAUAUCUGUAAAGCAGAGUAAUGAGUAAUAUGUAAGAUGGAAAUGUACAAGAACAUAAUUGACAGAAGUUGCUGAUUUUAUGUGUUA